AUAAUAAUCGCGACGCGAUCUAUCCCUUCCAUCUGCAUUCGUACUUCCCCCCACCACCACUUUCCCUCUCUCGAAACCUUCGCCGGGACCACCGCCUCGCCGGUGGCUCCGCCGAUUUGAUCGUCGCAAGACGACCUCCAGCCCUCAAUGGCCUCAGUUUCAGUUCUAUCUCCGUCUCCCUCCACUGCUCCACCGAGAUUACGCGCCUUGGUUCCUCGCUCCGCAAGACCGAAUUCCGUCUCCCCUCCUUCUCCAUCUUCUUCUUCUUCUUCUUCUUCACCUUCUUGCUCGUGUUCUAUUUCGACUUCAAUCCGCGAGCAACGGAGAGCCCUCGGCAAUGGCGGCUUAUCCGCGUUCGCUUGCUCGACUUCGUUUUUCAUCGGGAGAGUCGGACUGCAGAAACGAGAAGGCAAUGUCUCGUUGCUCUCGUUCGGGAACAAGCAGCAUGCGGUCUCCGAAGUCGCUAGAACCGAUUCGUCUCAGGUUUUGUCCGCGAUGCUUCCGUUCGUCGUCGCUGCUACGGCGGUUGCUGCUCUUGCUCAGCCGGCGACUUUUACUUGGGUAUCCAAGGAGUUGUACGCCCCCGCCCUUGGUGGGAUCAUGUUGUCGAUAGGAAUCAGGCUUUCCAUCAACGAUUUUGCUCUUGCUUUUAAAAGACCUUUGCCACUAUCUAUCGGGUUCGCCGCGCAGUAUGUUCUGAAACCGGUCCUCGGGGUGUUAGUUGCCCAGGCAUUUGGGAUGUCUCACAUGUUUUAUGCUGGUUUUGUCCUCACAGCUUGUGUUGCAGGGGCUCAGCUGUCUAGCUAUGCGAGUUUCUUGAGUAAGGGCGAUGUGGCCUUGAGCAUUCUGCUCACCAGCUGCACCACUAUUGCAUCGGUUCUUGUUACACCCAUCCUAACCGGCCUUCUAAUUGGAUCAGUUGUACCAGUUGAUGCAGUUGCCAUGUCCAAGUCAAUAUUGCAGGUUGUUCUUGUCCCCGUAACUCUUGGCCUUCUGCUCAAUACCUACGCAAAACCAGUUGUUUCUAUUCUUCAACCAGUGAUGCCGUUAGUUGCUAUGGUUUGCACUUCAGUGUGUAUUGGGAGCCCUCUAGCAAUUAACCGGAGCCAGAUUUUGUCUAGAGAGGGUUUACGCCUGGUUCUUCCAGUGUUGACAUUCCAUGUGGUGGCUUUCACUUUAGGAUACUGGAUCUCCAAACUUCCAGCUCUGAGGCAAAAAGAAGAAGUUGGGCGGACAAUAUCUUUGUGCACAGGAAUGCAGAGUUCCACUCUUGCCGGUCUUCUUGCAUCCCAAUUUCUUGGCAGCACUCAGGCUGUCCCACCAGCAUGUUCAGUAGUUGCCAUGGCUAUCAUGGGACUGUGCCUUGCCUCUUUUUGGGGCCGUGGUUCACGGAUUAGGGACCUACCAUCGUCAGUCACUCUACAAGUUUGUUCUUCGUUGGAGUUGCAACAAUAGCAGAAAAAAAAAAAAACCUAGCAAAGAUCACAUCGACAUAUUUGGCACAGUGCAACUUGGUGAAGAUACUGAUAAGUCACGGCAUGGAAAUAUUUAAUUCACAUGAGGAGGGCCAGAGAUGUGCCAGUGCCUUCUUGAGUGCACCGAGUUCAGGUACAAAUACAGUUGAGGUGCAAAUACUUUGUACAGGUCAGCAACCAAUCUAGCUAGCAAAGAGAGUUAUAGGUUUAGAGGACGAUAAUCUUGUCAACAUACACGUUGAGCUUACUUGUUAUACACAGGAGGUAUGUAUCACAUAAAAUGAAGCACAUGCUGGCGUAGCUUAA